UUCACAGUGAUUAAUCGGCUGUCAUAACUGUCAGUUGAAAAAAUUAUCAUAACAACACCUCCUCCGUGUUGCGCACAUUUUCAUCGUACUUUUACUGAUUGAUAUUUGGAAAAUUAUACCAUUCCUCAGCACAAAAUGAGCGACGACUUCUUAAGUAAACCUCUAUCCUUUGGAGCUCCACAAUCUUCCGGAAUCGCCGCAAGUCCCCAACUGCAGCCUUUGUCGCCGUACUUGAACUACGAUACUCGGUACCUGCAAACGCAACCCGAGUUUAUUUUUCCCGAAGGAGCAUCCAAACAGCGAGGGCGGUUCGAACUCGCUUUCUCACAGAUUGGUUCCUCAGCUAUGAUUGGUGCGUGCAUUGGUGGCGCUGGUGGACUGUACAAUGGAAUGAAUGCAACGAGACUUGCAAACCAAACAGGAAAACUGCGUCGAACACAAUUGCUAAACCAUGUAAUGAAACAAGGCGCAGCGACCGCCAACACGUUCGGUACGAUAGCGGUCAUGUAUUCGGCGUUUGGUGUCCUACUACAGUAUGCUAGAGGCGAAGACGAUGAGAUUAAUACAAUUGCAGCUGGUGGUGCUACUGGUCUACUGUACAAAUCCACAGCAGGGCUUCGGAAAUGUGCCAUCGGUGGUGGCAUUGGAUUAGCGCUAACAUCAAUGUAUGUGCUAUGGAGUGUGGCUGGUGGAGGCACAAAAAAACUGAGUGAUCUCAAGUCACAAUUCUUGUAAAUGAAAGUAACUGGUUUGGGUAUAGAAUCUACUGUUAAUUUGUUAAUUUAAAAAACAAAAUCCUUAAUGUGAACAAUUCACCAUGAACUGCAUGAAACCGAGUUCAUGAUCACGUUCAAAACAAUCGCGAGAAGAUGUGAUUUAACUAUGAGCAUUCAACUAAGUGUUAAUUACUAUAGGCUCAUUUACGUUUAAAUCUUUCUCUCGAAAUGUAGGAACAUCGCGUGAAGCUGGUGCAACUACUUGAAACCAUACCAUAAUCGGGCAAUAAACUCGUAAUCGACAGAA